UGUGUCUUCGGGUGAGUCGCUGGUGAUCGUGCAGAGCAGCAGAACUAGGAGUGUUCAGCCUCACUUCGGUCAUGGCCACUGUCUUUGUUGUUGUUGUGGUGCGAUGAUCAGAACACGCUUCAUGCACAGUUGUGGGAUCUGUGUAAACUUUGUGUUCCGAUCAGUGAAGUGUAAAUGACUGAAUCGACGUCCGCCUGAACUCUCCGCUCACGUUGUUCACAGGAUGCGAGGAGCCGCAUUUCAUCCGUUUUUCAUUUAAUCGAGAGGACAACGAGGAACAAGAGGGACUUUUUUUCUCUUAUUAUUUUUAACCACGAGCGGUUGCUUACAAAUGGAGACAAGGGAAUAAUGACACUCUGCUAGCACAAGAGGACACGUAAAGACAGUUUCAGCCAUAAAUCUUGUGACGUUCCUGUUUUUGCUGAUCAUUUCUAUACUGUGGAUUUUACUGCCCGCAUUGGCGAGGAAAUACUUGAUUCAUAACCUAAUGGAGAACUGAGGGUAAGCUGACAUUUGCCCCCCCCCACCUCUCAACAUGCUGGCUCUGAGGCUGGAGCAGGGCAGGCAAGGGGGUGGUGAGGUCGAUCUCCUGCAGAAAGGGGCCACUGUGGCAUGGCAGGGUCGGCAGCCGGGGAGGCCCCCUCCUCACGAGCAGAAAAUGAACAUCAGGGAGAAAAUCACCCAGUGGGAAGGUCGCAGUCAACCAGGCAGCAGCCAGGAUGUCGGAGUCAAAGCACACCCUCCGACUUUAUCCCGAACUCUGUCUGGGGACCUCCUGCGAAAUGGACAUACCAAUGAGGUCUCAGGAGGGGGUCUUCAUGCGAAAGCCAACCUCUCAAAAGCUAAGACUUUGGGCUUAGAUUUUCGGGAAUCCCCAGCACAAGCUGGACAUCGUGUGGUUGGUAGGAAGUCAGAACCUCUGCAGAAAUGCUCCACUGUACUUUUAACCAAGCCCCCAGGAAAUAAACCACUUGUAGCACAAACAUUUGCAUCUCAAAAAGGGGAGGCUAACAAUGCUAACUGUACUGGAAAACAUAAAGGCCCUACCAAUAGUGACCAAACAAUCGAUUGCAUCUUGGAGGUAGUUUCUCAACCUCUGUCAACUGAUGACCAAGAAGACAACAUGCCUGCGGGGAACUUCUACACCUCACGUGGUUUCUGGCGUAAGCUGGAGGGAAACAGGCUGCUCUGGGAGAAAGGCAGGCAGUCUUCAGGUGAAUCUCAGCCUCCUCCUAAACCUCAGCGGACAUUUCAGUAUCGGGCAGCCAACAACAACAUCUCAGGGCACACGGUGCAAUGGGACAGAAGAUCCCCACAUAACAACCACUCCAACAAGGGGAGCAGGAGGGUAGCCCACCCACCCAACUUCCCUCCUCCUCCAUGUCCUGUUGCAAAGACCAAUGGGCUUUCAAGGCACAACAAGAACAGGAAGUCCUUUGAGUAUGAGGAUGCAGCUCGUCUGACUACCAAGCAAGGCACGCUGGGAGGAGAGGCGAGGCGUUCCGGCCUUUACCAUGCAUACUCUGAAGACAGUAUUUAUGAGGACAUUAUCUGUGAAGUGACCAGAGAUAACCCCUAUGAGGAUAUUAAGAUAUCUCCCACGUGUCUACCUAUCGCAAGGCCUCAAGUCCCAAAGCUGCCUCCUAAACCCCAGACGUUACAAGGUUACGCCAGCAAAGGGGAGAGGAGGGGCUACCAAGUGUCCAAAUCCUCAACACUUGCAGAAACUCCCAAACCUGCUGCACCGCGGCGCGCAAGCACUCAAAAAACCCAGAGGACACCUCACUACGUCAACAAGAUUGAGACGAUCUUUGAUGACAAGAGAGGGAGAAAGAGAGUGAAGAACCAAGGCGUCUCAGUGAGAGAGGAGACCAGCGGGACAGAGAGCGACCCCGAGGACAACAGCAAAGCAGGCUCCAGGAGAUCAGUUUACAUCCAGUCUACACUGAAACGUCGGCCUGGCUACCGCACCCUGGAGAGAGACCUCAUCCAGCUGCAGCAACAGCAGCUUUUCCAGAUCUUUGUGGUGGUGUCACUGAGAAAAGGCUCCCCAGGAAACACCUACUCCCCUGAAAUUACACAACAGUUUCCCAAAAUGCCCAGUGGAAAGGGGAAGAGGCUUCCUGAAGUGCACUGUAUUGUCAGCAAGCUGGGCUGUUUCAACCUUUUUGCAAAGAUUCUGGAGGAGGUGGAAAGGCGCAGGGAGAUUUCCCCAGCGCUGGUUUAUCCCUUUAUGCGUAGCGUGAUGGAAGCCCCGUUUCCAGCCCCCGGACGCACAGUCACCGUCAAAAGCUUCCUCCCUGGUUCUGGGAAUGAGGUGCUCACUCUGUGUCGGCCAGUGGACUCCAGAUUAGAGCACGUGGACUUUGACAGUCUGCUGCAGUGUCUCAGUGUGGGGAAGCUCCUGCAGGUGUUUGCCUCCUUGCUGCUCGAGAGGAGAGUCAUCUUCAUCGCUGACAAACUCAGUGUUCUGUCCCGGUGUGGCCACGCGGUGCUGGCCCUGUUGUACCCGUUCACGUGGCAGCACACGUUUGUGCCUGUGUUACCAGCCAGUAUGUUGGACAUCAGCUGCUCCCCAACCCCAUUCCUCAUCGGGGUGCUGGCACCCUGCCUGCCACAGCUCCUGGAGCUUCCUAUUGAGGAGGUGCUCAUAGUGGAUCUGUGUGCAGACAAGUUUGUCAUUCAGCUGGAUGAUGAAGACUGCAUCCUGCCCAGUAAACUGCAGGCAGCGCUGCAGCAGAUCCUGGAGGAGAGGGCAGAUAUCCUGAGUCAGGACGACGGAGACAGAUUUGGAGGUCAGCCAGACGACUUGAGCUCCCUGGUGUCUGAGGGCUUUGUGCGCUUCUUCGUGGAGCUGGUGGGCCACUAUCCGUUCCACAUGGUCGAGUCCUCCAAUGGCAGCAGGGAGCUUCAGCGCGACAGUUUCCGCAAAUCUCACCCCUCCCGCGGAGUCCGCCAGUUCCUGCAGCUCUUCAUGGACACGCAGAUGUUCGCUGGCUUCAUUCAGGACAAAGAGCUGCGCAAGGGAGGAGCAAGAGGUCUGUUUGAAGUCAGAGUGGCCGAGUAUCUGGAUUCAUACCCUGAGCCGGAGCCGAGCGGCGUGAACAAAUUUCUUAAAGGGCUGGGAAACAAGAUGAAGCUCCUCCAGAUUAAAUGAGAAAAGUGAAAGACUUUGUAAUUAAAAACAGAAGAUGACGAGUUGCUGCUGGACUGACAGAGGAGAGGAAUGUGGAUCAGAGCCUUGUGUCAGUGAGGAGUUUGGUUAUGAAAGGUCCAUGUAUGUAUGUUUGAGAGCAGUGCACUUCUCUUUGGACGAAAACUGGAAACACUUUAUUUCUUCUCUAGUGUUGUUUUAUUAAACCAUGAGGACAAGGCACAAGGUGAACACUUUUUGGAUCAGUUCUGCUGCACAAUGCAAACUUUAAUGUCAAAUUUCAAUCUGGUAAGUACUCAACUGAAAACAAUGUGUGUGGUUCUAGCCUGACACAUAUUUUAUACAUUUUCAUGUAAAGUUCCUCUCAGCACAAACUGUCAGAACCUUUUUGUUUACUGUGUUUGUAUUUGUGUGUAUCUCAUAUAAAUUGGAGGUUGAUUGAAGAGUUAGGACUCCAUCUAUCACAAGGACUGUUUAGAUGUUGUGAGAAUUCAGCCGUUCUCUUUUCUCUUUGUUAACUGGAGUUGUAAAUAUGUUGUUUUUUACAUUUUGCACAUGUUCAGAAGCAAUGUACAGUAUUUGGGAUAUUUUUGUAUUAAAGCAUGACAUGUCCUACAUACAUGUAAAAUAAAUGGGUUCCC